AUGUCGGGCCGCAAGACGAGUCCCGAGUUCAGGGUUGUCAAGCCGGGUAAGAUAUUGCCACGAAGAAGCUCAUCACAGGCGCAAGCAUCGGAACCUGCAGCCUCGAGCACUUGGAUCGACCAGAAUGCGUUGGCCAGUGGUCUGGGCCGUAAAGACAUUCGAGCCCAAGCAGCGAGGGCAUCUGCUGCGGCGCGAAGGGCCACCAUCGCGAGGAAGCAGUCCCAGCAAUGGCAGCAUCCUGGCUGUGGAGUUCUUUCGCCCACGCCAACGGUCGCAGACAGCUCAGAGAGGAGUACGAGCGAAGUAGAGAUUGCCCGCGCACUGGUCAGCCCCAAAGUAGAGGAGGACCAGGCUUUCUUCCAGAGAGUAGUUCCGAUCGUAACCCAACUGAUGGCACAUCGACCAUUCCAGCUGGAGCAACCGAGCGAAACUUCACUCGCACACAGCUCGGUCCGCUCGAUGAUUUGGAGUGCCAUGCUAGAAAGUACGACACUUUACCAGGUUGCUAUCUUUGUAGCUGGCACGCACAGUAAUACAUGCGGCCUCCCUAAGUCAGCCUUCGCUCACAUUGGUCCCGGUUUGUUGACCUUACGUGGCGCUUCGCUAGAUGCGAUACAGUCGAAGAUUACAUCGGCGGAUGCUGAGAGCAUCGCUCCGAUGGCGAUCGCAUUGCUCGCCGGAUGGGAGCGGAGGUAUGGUGAUGAGGAUGCAUACGCUGUACACAUGCAGGCCUGGAAGAGCCUUCCACUCCCGGCUCAGAGUUUGACAGAAGACAGCGUCGCGACUCUCACAGACUUAGUUCUCGAAAUGUAUCGGAGGUCACUUGAUGAGCGAUCACAUCUACACACACACGCUUUCAAUCCCAGUCAACUGACCAACCUCCCUGCCGGCUUCAAGAUCUUCGACCAAAGGCGUCCAGAAGCACGCAGUCUGAUGGCUCUUACAGCGCAAUUGUCACAUUUCCACAUAUCCGACAAAGAAGAGAUAACUCGGUUGCGGAAGAUCGGGCUGGAAAACAUGGCAUGGAGUCCAACGCACACCCGAGGCUGUGAACCCCAGCCAGAUGCCGAAGGCCAGGUUGAUCCGACAGAGCUCAAUGCGCUAUACCACGUGAGGGCUGUCAACAUCUCCAUCUGUGGCGUCAUGCUGUCAGCAGCAAUGGAUGCGCAUAAGUUUGACUGGCCAUUCGACCUACAGAGCGCUCUAUGGAUCCACACUUCGUCCUGUCAGCAUCUUCGAACGCCCGCACUGAUUGGCACCAAGUAUCAGCUUGUUGCGCUGUGGACGCGGUACAGCCUCUGUGCACUUGCGCGUGAUCCAGAACAAGACGCGUACCUUCGACAACUGCUGCAGCAACUCAAGCUGACGACAUGGAAAGCUUUGAAAUCAGAGUUUGAACAGUUACUAUACCAGGACGACUUCGAAGCCAGCUUCUCCAGCUUGUUCGAGCAGCUCAUGCGCCGUUCGGAUGAGGCCGUUGAGUCCCGAGAAGCAGGCUGA